UAUAAGUGUAACUCAUGUGAAGGAAUAGCCUUCAGGUCGCAGAUCUCCAGCAGAACAACAUGAGCUCUCUCAGUUUUUGGCUGAUACUACUCGCCCCCUUGGCCACCUCGGCCCAUCCAGUGAAGCCUGGAGACUACAGUAAACAAGAAGCCUCAGGACAGUUUUGGCAUAUUUCAGACCUUCAUUUGGAUUUUUCAUAUCAUCUUACUGAGGACCACACCAAAGUAUGCUUGUCUUCUAAGGGUGCCAAUGCCUCCAGUCCUGGAAUUUUUGGAGACUUUAUGUGUGAUUCUCCAUAUGGACUUAUCUUAUCAGCAAUCCAAUAUAUAAAAGCAUCUGAACAGAAAGUUGACUUCAUGAUAUGGACUGGAGAUAGUCCACCCCAUGUUCCUGUGAAGGAGUUGUCCACAAAACUGGUAAUAGAUAUCAUUGGUAAUAUGACCUCCACUAUUCAUAGCCUUUUACCGGAUAUGCUUGUAUUUCCUGCACUCGGUAAUCAUGACUACUGGCCCCAGGAUCAGUUUCCUGUAUCAGGAAGUGAGGUAUAUACAGCAGUAGCAGCGUUUUGGAAGCCGUGGUUGUGUGAAGAAGCUCUCAGCACAUUUCGGAAAGGCGGAUACUAUUCUCAGAUCUUCAAAUCAAAUGGCACAUCACAUCCUCUUAGGAUCAUCAGUUUAAACACCAACUUGUACUAUAGUCCAAAUAAAGUGACGUUCAAUAUGACAGACCCAGCUGAUCAGUUUCAGUGGCUGGAGGAAACAUUGAAACUUUCUCGCCAAAACAAUGAAAAGGCGUACGUCAUUGCUCAUGUUCCGAUUGGAUAUCUUCCAUUUACUCUAUUCACAUCGGCAAUGGAAUACAAAUUCAAUGAGAAACUGGUGAAAAUAUUCCGCACUUACAAUGAUGUUAUUGCCGGACAGUUUUAUGGGCAUACACACCGUGAUAGUUUCAUGGUUGUUUUAGAUGAAAAAGAUAAGCCUGUUGGAUCUGCAUUUGUUGCUCCAGCUGUAACACCCAUUAAGUCCUCCUCAGAGAAGGAGUCAAAUAACCCUGGAUUUCGCUUGUAUCAAUACGAUACUAAUAGCUACAGCUUAAAGGACCUCUGGCAUUACUACUUGAAUCUUACUGAUGCAAACCUAAGAAAAGAAGCCUUGUGGAAGCUUGAAUAUAUCAUGACUACAGAGUACAACAUAAAGGAUCUACAGCCUGAAAGUUUGAAAGAACUUGUUUUAAGAUUCCGAAAGCCACAAAGCGUUGACUUCCAGAAGUAUUACAAGAAUUACCUAGUGAACUUUGAUAGCCCUGAUGGUUGUGAUACUGUAUGCAAAGACAGACAAGUUUGUGCAAUUCAAUACGUUGAUGGCUCUUCCUACCUAGACUGCCUUUUAGACGUUUUGAAAUAUGACGGUAUACAAGACUCCUCAAAUUUUUUAUAGAGUUACAGUUACAGUACAUUGUGCUGUACUGUAUCUCAAAAGACAGUGUUCACAUUGCUGAGAAAGUCAAUUUGUCUUACCUGCCAGAACUCAGAAAGAGAGGAGUCAUAAUUUGGCUAAAAUAUUUUUAGAAUUAAUAUAUAUUAUUUAACAGCAAACAGUCAAGGGAAUCAAAGAAUAAAGUAAUUUAAUGUAUAGGAAAAGUUGUGUUAAAUUGGAAGGAAAUUUAAAUUAAUAAACAAGGGGAAAAAGAA